AAGCGCAUAUGUGGACACACUGGCCCCAAACAGCUGCUAAAGUUAUACAAACAGUUGUGUGUUUAACUAAAACAACCAUAAAUUUAACUACAAAAUUGCAUAAAACUGUAGCUAUCAAUGCUGCGCACAUUUGGCUCACUACGCGUGCAGUGUCAACAACUUCUGCGAAGCACGAAAUAUGGUUGUCCUGUCAAACCACAACAGCAGCGACUAGAGCUGCAACCAUGCCGCUUAAAAGCAACGCAAGGCGCUGGAAGAGGACGAGGAGGCAGCGAUGCUGAAGCAGCACGUAAAUUGCGAACAAAGUCAACGCUUUACUAUAUAACAGCUGGCGGAGUGCUAAUUGUGGGUCUCAGCUACGCUGCGGUGCCUUUGUAUAGCAUCUUCUGCCAGGCUUACAGCUAUGGAGGCACUACGUCGCAAGGUCACGAUGCCGAGAAAGUGGAGCACAUGCAAAAGGUGACGAAUCGUGUGCUUAAAAUACGCUUUAAUGCCGACAUUGGCUCUUCGAUGCGUUGGAACUUUAAGCCACAACAGUAUGAGAUUAAAGUGGCGCCAGGCGAGACAGCUCUGGCCUUUUACACGGCCCGGAAUCCAACUGAUAAACCUGUCAUAGGCAUUAGCACAUAUAAUGUGAUACCAUUUGAGGCUGGCGCGUAUUUCAACAAAAUCCAAUGUUUCUGCUUCGAGGAGCAAAUGCUGAAUCCGCACGAGGAAGUUGAUAUGCCUGUUUUCUUCUACAUUGAUCCCGAAAUAACGCAGGAUCCGGCGCUAGAGUUUUGUGACACUAUCACACUGUCCUACACGUUCUUUGAGGCCAAGGAGGGCUUGCAGCUAAAUUUCCCAAGCUAUGUUAAACCGCAUACUGCCAAGCAAGCGGCAUAAACUGCGCUUGUUUGUAAAUAAUAUUUUUAAAUA